UACCUCUUCAACGGCAUGACCGGCCAAGACAUCGGACAGCAAUGCAUCACGAUCUACGAAUACCUCGUACACAACUACACCUACCCUUCACACGAGAUCUGGCUCUUCGGACUCUCGCGGGGCGCCUACCUCGCGCGCGCCGUGGCGGGGAUGAUCAACAACUGCGGCAUCGUGCGCCCGCUCCGGAUUCCCGGCACCGGCGAGAUCGACAUGGCCCAAACCCGCCUCCUCUGCGAGACAGUCUACAACCUCUACCGCUCGCCGUACGCGAGCAACGCGCCGCACGCGCCGCAGUCCCUGCGCUUCCGGCAGACGAAAUCCUGGCCGCUGAUUGGCGACGAGGAUCCGCAGGAUGCGGCUGCGCCGCGCUUCCACCCGCCCAUCCGGUUCAUGGGCCUCCUCGACACGGUCGGCAGCUUGGGUAUUCCCGAGUACACCGGCGGGGUGGGGCUGGACUGGCCGGUGUUCUACGAUCAGCACGUCUCGACGGUCGUGGCGAAUGUGCACCAUGCGGUGUCGCUACACGAUCGGCUGUUUAUCUUCCAGCCGUGUCUGGUGAGUCGCGAUUUGGCGAGGCAUUGUGAGCGGGACUGGGACCGGUUUGGGGUGACGCGGCAGGAGUGGCUCCCGGGGUGCCACUACGAUCUCGGCCGGCAGCGCUUCCGGUUUCUGCGCGAGUUUGGUGGUGGGUGGCUCGAGUCUCUGCUGGCUAGUCGGUGGUUUGGGUUUGCGAGCAAAGUCAUCGAGCCGAACCAUGUGUUGGCCGAUCUGGCGCUGCGGUGGAUGUUGCUGGCUAUCCGGGCGCAUAGCACGGCCCCCAAUUAUCAAGUGAUAUUGAACAUUGAUCGGGUGAUUGAGGAUGUGACGGAGAGUAUUCAUGGCAGAGCGUGGGAGCCUGGUCGCACCGGCGACGGUGAUGUCUACGGGCAUAUUCUGUCGUAUGCGCCGUUUGGGUCGUUCAUUCUGGAUGUUGUGCGGACGCUGCGGGGAACUCGAGGUAAGGUGUCUGCCCUCUAUCAGUUGUUCUUCGAUCUGCGGGACAGGCUCAUUCCGGAUGAUGAUGCGGUGGUCUAUGAUUUCUACGGGUUUGAUGAGGAUAUCCCCGGGUGUGUGGGGGAUUUGGCACGGGUGAGUGAGCGGCGCUACCCUUCUAGGUCGUAUGUGAAGUGGAGGUUGAGGCAGUAGCGUCGUUUGUUGAACAGGGGAAACGCUGGUGGGGGUUGUGUCCUG